AUGACAGACUUGGGAUUUCUGCACUAUUGCUUAGGUGUUGAGGUUUGGCAGACUGGAGGUAGUAUCUUCAUAUCUCAGUCAAAGCAUGCUUGCAGUCUGUUGGACAAGUUUCAAAUGCAAGACUGCAAACUUGUAUCCACAACUAUGGAGCAAGGGCUGAAGCUAGCAACCAAAUAUAAUUCACUUGUGGUGAGCGAAUCAACAUUCAGGCAACUGGUGGGUAGUGCCAUCUACCUUAUUGCUACUAGGCCUGAUCUCAGUUUUGCAAUGAGCUACAUUUCAUGCUUCAUGACAGCCCCCAAGGCUGAUCAUUGGGUAGCAACGAAGUGUGUGCUGCGUUAUGUGAAGGGCACUUUUGAUUUUGGUAUUCUGUAUAGUACAAGUCAUGAUCCUAGACUUAUUGGUUUUACAGACUCAGAUUGGGUAGGUUUCACUAAUGACAAAAAGUCAACAUCUGGGUAUGUUUUCAAUUUGGGUUCUGGUGCAGUCACAUAG